AUGGCUCAGGAAUUUGGCAUGGGGAGGUGGAUCCCACCCGAGCUCGAAGGAACCAUCAGUCGCAACCAGCUUCAGAAGAAGCGCGCACCAGGCACACUACGCAAAGAUGGCACCCAGACUGUACGAUUCGAGAUGCCCUUCGCCGUCUGGUGCCACACUUGCAAACCACACGCCAUCAUUGGGCAAGGCGUGCGAUUCAAUGCCGAGAAGAAGAAGGUCGGGAAGUACUACAGCACACCCAUAUGGAGCUUUCGCAUGAAGCAUCCCGCGUGCAGUGGCACAAUCGAAAUUCGAACCGACCCCAAGAACACCGCCUAUGUUGUUACCGAAGGUGGCCAAGCGAGAGACUACGGAGAAGCCGAGGACCGCGUUAGAGAGGGCGGGAAUGGUGUACCCAUCUUGACAGCAGAGGAGCGCGAGAGAAGGCGCGAGGAUGCUUUUGCACAGCUUGAAGGCAAGGUCGACGAGAAGGCGCAGACCAAAGACAAUGCGAAACGGGUCGUGGAGCUGUACCAAGCUCGCGAUCGGGACUGGGACGAUCCCUGGGCCGCCAAUAAAAGGAUGCGCCAGACAUUCCGGCAAGAGCGCACGGAGCUAAAGCGUGAGGAAGAUGCUGUACAGGCGAUCAAAGACCGCAUCGGUACUGGCAUGGAGCUCUUACCGGAAUCGAUGGAAGACGGCGUACGGGCCAAGCUCGUCACGUUCGGUGAGGACCCUCUCCCCCGCGACGCCAGUUCAAGAGCCAUGUUCCGUGCACCGGUUCAGACGGUGGCCAAGUCGCGGUCGGUCGAAGAGACCAAAGACAGUCGGAAAGAGGCGCUUCGUCGGCAGCUGAUCUCCAACACGAGAGCGUCCUUGAAUCCUUUUGGAAACUGA